CCGGAUGACGCACCGUGCUCUGAUUGGUCCAGAGCGCCAGCAGCAGGCCUGUAGUUCUCAGCUUGUCUGCGGCCUCUCAACACUUCUACUCGUUUAGCCUCAUUGAGAACUAACUUUACAACAUUUAAGGAUUUCUUUGCAGCAAAACAAGUUUACUACUUUGUGGACCAUGUGGCGGUGAAGACGGAGCAACAACCCUGGCAGGAUAUAUCAUUUAUUACACUGCAUCUUUGACUGAGUUGAAUUGAAACUCAACAACAGCAAGGAGAAAAGAGAGCUAGCAUAGUUAGCUUAGCUAUGCUAUGCUAACGAUGCUAGCUACGCUAACCAGCGUGCUAUUCACUUCCUUGUUGCACAUUGGAGAGAAUAAGUUUGUGAGUUGUUCUACCUCCACUUUAACACUAUCUGGUUAAUAUGUUACAUGUUUGCAUUAAGUGCAACCAUACAGAAGAAGAGGGUUUUGUAUUUUAGAGGAGCUAAUGUCUAGCUAGCUGGACACAGUUAGCAUAGUUAGCUUAGCAGAUCUGGGAGAUUACAAUGGUUGGACUGUCUCUAUAAGUAAACACCAUAUUGUGGAUAUAAGUGUCAUGAAUUAACUGACUUUGUCUUGAAGCUUGAAAAGGAGCUGGCUUUGUAAUGCUUAAUUGUGAAUUAGCUUAACUAGCUCUGUUAACACACAGCUAGCACAAAUGUUUUGUUCCACGACAAAACAAGGAAGUGUAUAAUAUAUAAAAGGAUUAUUAUAUUCCUUUAAACGUGGCUUUUAGGUGUUUAUUUAGUUAGAUAGAUAGAUGCCUAAUCCAGAGGUGGUGAGGGAGGGUAGAGGAAGGAGUCCUUCUGCUCAGAGGACUGCUAACAGGCAGGACAGGAGGAGUAAACCUGGGAGCAGUGCUGCUCCUCCUGCUGCUCCUGCUGCUCCUGCUGCUGCUGCUCAGAGAGACAGACACCGAGAGAAGAGGAGAUCUUCGGCUUCCAGGAGGAAGAGACGCAGACAGGCCAGGGGGAGAGACUUGGGGCAUGCAGGUGCAGCAGGAGACAAUGACCGCAAAGACACUGAACUUCGGACAUUGGUUGAGUAUGAUGAUGUGAGCUCCCAGUCUGAGAGAUUCUCUGGGAGCCCAUCUCCCAAACAUAACCCCCAUGCUGACAGACUCUCAGUGGACCGACUUAGUGACUUUGGUGAGUAUAAUGGAUCCCCAGACAGAAGUCACCAGAGAGUGUGUAUCAGCAAGGACAGACAAACAAGAGGACCAUCUGGGAGGAGCAAACAGGAGAAGGAGACAGCCAGGAAAAAGGACCACCAGAGCCGAGAGAGAGACCCCUCAAAAGCUAGAAGUGGAGCUAGUCUUAGUGGCUCUAAAAACCACAGAGACACUACAAGGAGCAAUGACAGGAACGGUAAAAAGACAUCUCAGUCCUCGCAAUCUGCAGAUUCAAAAAAGGAUUCAAAAAGUCACAAAAGUAAAACAAGAUCCGAGAAAGAGCCCCCGUCUGCGUACAGAGAUGCUCCACAAUCUUACAGAGAUGACCGAAGCGAAGACCUCAGGGCGUACAAGAGAAGUCCUGGUUUCAAAGGAGAAAGUCCCUAUGGGACGUCCUAUUCGUAUAGCUACCAGUCUCCUGGUGGUUAUAACCAGCAAAUAUCUAGAAGAAGUCCAACUUAUGGGAGCAAAAGACUUUCUCCCAGUUCCGCGUAUUACAGCCGGGAUGCAGAUGGGUACGGGGCAUACGGUGUGACAAAGUCACCCAGUUCCUACUCCAGCAACAAAAGGAAGCGAUCCCCAGCGAGCCCGGCAAACUGGCGUAGGUCCCCGAGUUAUGGUCGACACAGUCCAUACGAACAAGGAGAGUUCGGUUCAAGUCCGUACGGGAACCGCAGGAGAUCACGAAGUCCGUACAGGAAGUCCCUGAGCCCGAGUCCAGACGUCAGGCGAUCUGCUCGGUCACGUAGCAGAAGUCCAUAUUCAUCCACAAGGCAUUCACGCUCUCGCAGCCGUCACCGCCACUCUCGCUCCCGCAGCCGCCCCUCUAGCCUCUCGCCGAGCACGCUCACCUUCAAAACCAGUCUCGCUGCCGAACUUAGUAAGCAGAAAAAGGCUAAAGCUGCAGAAGCAGCCAAGCAAGCCAAGAACUCCAGCAACACAUCUACUCCAACCAAGGGUCCCUUGUCGGCUCAUCAGCCCAGCCCGAAGCCCAAUCACACGUCCAGGAAGGGUCGUCCUCCAUCUCCACCACAACCUGAGAAAGGACCCAGAACGCCGACGUCAAUCCAGCCACAGUCCCCCUCUGAUAGGACGUCCAAGAGGACCACUGAGCAACAGACCAGCAGGGACAGAGAUGGAAAGGGUAAAGAUGACUCUGUUCAUCGGGACAAAAGGAAAGCACCAGCAUCUGGACCGAGCAAAGACAAGGAACGAGCCACCAGUUCACUCAUCUCUGCUCUAUCAUCCCUACCACUGCCCCUAAGCAUUCUUGAGCACAUGGAUAAAGGAGAAAGCUUGAAGGACAGCUUGCUCUCAGGGAAGAAAAAGUUGGAGAAAAAGGCCCGUCAGCUUCUUGCCGACUUGCCUCUCCCCCCUGAACUUCCUGGUGGCACGUCUUCCCCGCGCAGCCCGCCCGACGACAAAAAGUCCCAAACACCUCGCCGAAGACCCAAAAUUUGUGGCCCAAGAUACGGCGAGAUUAAGGAAACUGAGAUAGACUGGGGCAAACGUUGUGUGGACAAGUUUGAGAUCAUUGGGAUCACAGGGGAGGGCACCUACGGUCAGGUGUACAAAGCGAAAGACAAAGACACUGGUGAAAUGGUGGCUUUGAAGAAAGUCCGUCUGGACAAUGAAAAGGAGGGCUUCCCAAUCACGGCCAUCAGAGAGAUUAAGAUUUUGCGACAACUCAACCACAAGAGCAUCAUCAACAUGAAGGAGAUCGUCACGGACAAGGAGGAUGCUCUCGAUUUCAAGAAUGAUAAAGGUGCUUUCUACCUUGUAUUUGAAUACAUGGACCACGACCUGAUGGGUUUGCUCGAGUCUGGCCUGGUCCAUUUCAACGAGAGCCACAUCAAGUCUUUCAUGCGACAGUUGCUGGAGGGCCUUGACUACUGCCACAAGAAGAACUUUCUGCACAGAGACAUCAAGUGCUCCAAUAUUCUGCUCAAUAACAAAGGUCAAAUAAAGCUUGCUGACUUUGGUCUGGCUCGGCUGUAUAACUCUGAAGAGAGUCGUCCAUACACCAAUAAAGUGAUUACACUAUGGUACCGUCCCCCAGAGUUACUUCUGGGAGAAGAACGGUACACGCCGGCUAUCGAUGUGUGGAGCUGCGGAUGCAUUCUUGGAGAACUGUUCACAAAGAAACCAAUUUUUCAAGCCAAUCAGGAGCUUGCCCAGUUAGAGCUCAUCAGCCGAAUAUGCGGCAGCCCCUGCCCCGCCGUCUGGCCAGAUGUAAUAAAACUUCCCUUCUUCAACACCAUGAAACCAAAGAAACAGUACAGGAGGCGGUUACGAGAGGAGUUUGCUUUCAUCCCUCCGUCUGCCCUGGACCUGUUUGACCACAUGUUGAACUUGGACCCCAGCAAACGCUGCACAGCCGAACAAGCGUUGGGCAGCGAGUUCCUCAAGGACGUGGACCCAGACAAGAUGCCCCCACCAGAUCUUCCGCUGUGGCAGGACUGUCACGAGCUGUGGAGUAAGAAACGCCGGCGACAGAAGCAGAUGCCAGAGGAAGCGGCCGCCCCUAAGGCGCCCCGUAAAGAGCUGGGCCUUGACGACAGCCGUAGUAACACUCCCCAGGGUUUCCCUGCUCCUGGAGGUGUUAAAGCUCAGAAUACGGCUGCUUCUGCGCUGCUGGACCCAAAGGGUCCACACUCCCAGUUGACUCAAGAGCAGCUAGCGGUCCUCCUGAACUUUCUUGGCCAGUCCAAGAGUUCAGUCAACACGGCCCAGUUUGUCCAGUCCAUGGGCACAAAGGUCAAUCAGGAAACGUUACAACAGCUCUCCAAAGCGCUCGCUCCCACCGACCCAGCUGAGCCUCCUCCUCAACCUACGCCGGCCAAGCCUCCCCAGCCAGCUGCUCCUGUAGGCGUGCCCCGAACACCCCCGAUGCCCAAGCCUCCGUCACCCCCCAUGUCUGCGCCGUCGGGUAUUCCAGAAGGAGAGGCCGCAGCCGCCACGCAGACGGCCAUGACCAUGCUGCUGGCCCAGCUCCUCCAGGCUCAGCAGGCCCAGAGGCAGGAACCGAGUGAUGGUGGAGAGGGAGCGGAGAGCACCAACCCUGCAGGAGGAGCAGCAGGAGGGCAGCCUCUACCUCCAGAGGUCAAACAGCCUCCAGAGCCCAGCCCAGUCUCUCCAGUGUCUGAAGUAGGUGGCGUGUCCAUCCUGCCGCCAGACCAGAGACCACCUGAGCCUCCAGAGCCACCUCCACACGCUGACCUGGACUACCGGCAGCCUCCACCUGAACCCAAGACCGGCCACGCUCCGCCUAUUGCAUCUGCAGGUGGAGGCGAUGGAGGGAGACCCCCAGAGCCAGACUACCCCCCUCUCCCUACUGCAGAGGGGCCCGGAUACGGCGGAGACUACAUCCACCCACCUCCGCCUCCCUUCACUCCUGCAGGGUUUGGGGACGGCUACAUGGGUCACAUGUUGGGCGGAGGCCUGCCACCUCACGCUCUGAGGGAGGUGUUUAGCGGACCUGGCCAGGCUGCUAGCUCCUCGUCGUCUGCAGGGGUUCACCAAGACCCCUACCCUCCAGGAGCCACCGGACCCGGCAGCAUGGUGUUCACUGGGGACCAGGACCACCGUUUUAAGUACAAUCACAGCCCUUUACCUGUGGAGGGACAGCCUAACCCUAUCCACAUGUACAACCACGCCAUGGCUAGAAAGGAUGGUUUACCUCCUCACCCGCCCAUCCCAGCGCCAGGACAACCCUGGGGCUCCCCUUCCCAAGUGGGGGCUCCGCCACUACCCCUCGGCUUUGUCCCACACGUGAACUCUACAGCAACAAUCAGGGGACGAGGCCUGCCUUUCUGAGAGACUGGAAAUAGGAAAUUGUGACAAUGGACAAAAGGCAGGAGGACUCAGUUUAGAGCCUGGAGCCUCUCAGGCCAGACCAGAGGGAUCUGGAGAUGCACACUCAGUUUGUAAUAAAUCUGUGUCAGGCGUUUUAUUCCUCCUCAGUCUGGAAUGUGGAGUACGUUGCAGAAGGACAGCCGAAUAACACCGGAGGAGCUUUUCUUGCUCAUACCAUUUUCCUAUUUUUUUGUAAUCUAUUCUGCUGUCUUUUAAAUUAAACUUUUACCUUUUUUGAGUGUACAUUUAUCAGGCCGGGUACAUUUUAAAUCUCUACCUUAGCCUUUCUGUAAUUGCUCCAGGGCAGACUAGUAUUAAUGUUUUGCACUACUGACUGAAGUAGGCGGAAACUAUUUUAGCUAUGAAAGGAAAUGGAUGGUGUGCUUUAUCUGCACAAUUAGGAAUAAGACCAGUAAUGUAGUGUCCUCUUUUUAUUAUGUUGAAACAAUGAUGGCUCAGUUUUAUUCGGUUGAUGGCGCGUAUAGGGAGCUAUUUGAGGUAUAAGGACUGUUAGUUCCAGACAGAGAGGUAGCACUUCAAAAUCUGAUCCGACUUCAUGGAGAAAGGCUGUUUUCACUUUAAAUUCCACAUGCCUUUUUGCCGAUAGGUGUUGUAAAAUCAUGAACAAAACAAAAAACACAACCCGAGUUCAAAAACUGUCUUUUUUUUUUUGUACUAAACUGAUUUUGUCCCUCUCCCUCCUCCUUUGGCAAAUGUUUAUUAAAGAAAUGCCAACAACGUA